CCCAGAAGCAGGAUGAGAAUAUGGCAGACUUCCUGUUACCUCGGGGCACCAGCAGCUUCCGCAGGUUCACCCGGGAGUCCCUGGCUGCCAUCGAGAAGCGCAUGGCGGAGAAGCAAGCCCGAGGCUCGGCCGCCUCGCAGGAGAGCCGGGAAGGGCUGCCCGAGGAGGAGGCUCCCCAGCCCCAGCUGGACCUGCAGGCCUCCAAAAAGCUGCCAGAUCUCUAUGGCAACCCACCCCGAGAGCUCAUCGGGGAGCCCCUGGAGGACCUGGACCCCUUCUAUAGCACCCAAAAGACCUUCAUCGUGCUGAAUAAAGGCAAGACCAUCUUCCGGUUCAGUGCCACCAAUGCCUUGUAUGUCCUCAGUCCCUUCCACCCUGUCCGGAGGGCAGCUGUGAAGAUUCUGGUUCAUUCGCUGUUCAGUAUGCUCAUCAUGUGCACCAUCCUGACCAACUGCGUGUUCAUGGCCCAGCACGACCCUCCACCCUGGACCAAGUAUGUCGAGUACACCUUCACUGCCAUUUACACCUUUGAGUCUCUGGUCAAGAUUCUGGCUCGAGGCUUCUGCCUGCAUGCGUUCACCUUCCUCCGGGACCCAUGGAACUGGCUGGACUUCAGUGUGAUUGUCAUGGCGUAUGUAUCAGAAAAUAUAAAACUAGGCAAUUUGUCGGCUCUUCGAACUUUCAGAGUCCUGAGAGCUCUAAAAACUAUUUCAGUUAUCCCAGGUCUGAAGACCAUCGUGGGGGCCCUGAUCCAGUCUGUGAAGAAGCUGGCCGAUGUGAUGGUCCUCACGGUCUUCUGCCUCAGCGUCUUUGCCCUCAUCGGCCUGCAGCUCUUCAUGGGCAACCUGAGGCACAAGUGUGUCCGCAACUUCACGGCACUCAAUGACACCAAUGGCUCUGUGGAGGCCGACGGCCUGGUCUGGGAGUCCCUGGACGUCUACCUCAGCAACCCAGAAAAUUACUUGCUGAAGAACGGCACCUCCGAUGUGUUACUGUGUGGGAACAGCUCUGAUGCCGGGACAUGUCCCGAGGGUUACCGGUGCCUAAAGGCAGGGGACAACCCUGAUCACGGCUACACCAGCUUCGACUCCUUCGCCUGGGCCUUCCUUGCGCUCUUCCGCCUAAUGACGCAGGACUGCUGGGAGCGCCUCUACCAGCAGACCCUGAGAUCUGCAGGGAAGAUCUACAUGAUCUUCUUCAUGCUUGUCAUCUUCCUGGGCUCCUUCUACCUGGUGAACCUGAUCCUGGCUGUGGUUGCCAUGGCCUACGAGGAGCAAAACCAAGCCACCAUCGCUGAGACCGAGGAGAAGGAAAAGCGCUUCCAGGAGGCCAUGGAGAUGCUCAAGAAAGAGCAUGAGGCCCUCACCAUCAGGGGUGUGGACACAGUGUCCCGCAGCUCCUUGGAGAUGUCCCCUUUGGCCCCAGUAACCACCCAUGAGAGAAGAAGCAAGAGGAGAAAACGAAUGUCUUUGGGGACAGAGGAGUGUGGAGAUGACAGGUUCCCCAAGUCCGACUCAGAGGAUGGUCCCAGAGCAAUGAAUCGUCUGAGCAGCACGCACGGCCUCAGCCGGACCUCCAUGAAGCCGCGCUCCAGCCGCGGGAGCAUUUUCACCUUUCGCAGGCGAGACCUGGGCUCAGAGACAGAUUUUGCAGAUGACGAAAACAGUACAGCGGGGGACAGCGAGAGCCACCGCACGUCACUGCUGGUGCCCUGGCCUCUGCGCCGGCCCAGUGCCCAGGGACAGCUCAGUCCAGGGACCUCGGCUCCCGGCCACACCCUCAACGGUAAAAGAAACAGCACCGUGGACUGCAACGGGGUGGUCUCCUUGCUGGGGGCGGGCGACCCUGAGGCCACCUCCCCAGGGAGCCACCUCCUCCACCCUGUGAUCCUGGAUCGCCCCCCAGACACGACCACACCGUCGGAGGAGCCGGGCAGGCCCCAGAUCCUGAACGCCCAGGCUCCGUGUCUGGAUGGCUUCGAGGAGCCCGGAGAGCGGCGGCGGGCCCUCAGUGCCGUCAGUGUGCUCACCAGCGCCCUGGAAGAGUUGGAAGAGUCUCACCGCAAAUGUCCACCAUGCUGGAACCGCUGUGCCCAGCGCUACCUGAUCUGGGAGUGCUGCCCGCUGUGGAUAUCCAUCAAGCAGAGAGUGAAGUUCGUGGUCAUGGACCCAUUCGCCGACCUCACCAUCACCAUGUGCAUCGUGCUUAACACACUCUUCAUGGCACUGGAGCACUACAACAUGACAACUGAAUUCGAGGAGAUGCUGCAGGUUGGAAACCUGGUCUUCACGGGGAUCUUCACCGCAGAGAUGACCUUCAAGAUCAUCGCUCUGGACCCCUACUACUACUUCCAGGAGGGCUGGAACAUCUUCGACAGCAUCAUUGUCAUCCUGAGCCUCAUGGAGCUGGGCCUGUCCCGCAUGGGCAACCUAUCAGUGCUGCGCUCCUUCCGCCUGCUGCGGGUCUUUAAGCUGGCCAAAUCAUGGCCCACCCUGAACACCCUCAUCAAGAUCAUCGGAAACUCAGUGGGGGCGCUGGGGAACCUGACACUGGUGCUGGCCAUCAUCGUGUUCAUCUUCGCUGUGGUGGGCAUGCAGCUCUUUGGCAAGAACUACUCAGAGCAGAGGUACCGCAUCAGUGACUCAGGCCUGCUGCCCCGCUGGCACAUGAUGGACUUCUUCCAUGCCUUUCUCAUCAUCUUCCGAAUCCUCUGUGGGGAGUGGAUCGAGACCAUGUGGGACUGCAUGGAGGUGUCUGGGCAGUCGCUGUGCCUGCUUGUCUUCUUGCUCGUUAUGGUCAUUGGCAACCUUGUGGUCCUGAACCUCUUCCUGGCUCUGCUGCUCAGCUCCUUCAGCGCAGACAACCUCACAGCCCCUGACGAUGAUGGGGAGAUGAACAACCUCCAGCUGGCCCUGGCACGCAUCCAGCGCGGCCUGCGCUUCCUCAAGCGGACCACCUGGGACUGUGCGCUCCUACAGCGGCGGCCCCAGAAGCCCGCAGCCCUUGCCGUCCAUGGCCAACUGCCCAGCUGUGUUGCCACCUCCAGCCCCCCACUGCCCCCGGAGUCAGAGAAGGUGCCUCUGGCCCGCAAGGAGACACGGUUUGAGGAAGACAAGCAACCAGGCCAGGGCACCCCCAGGGAUACAGAGCCUGUGUGUGUGCCCAUUGCCGUGGCUGAGUCAGACACGGAUGACCAAGAGGAGGAUGAGGAGAACAGCCUGGGCACAGAGGAAGAGUCCAGUAAGCAGGAAUCGCAGCCUGUUUCCGGCAGCCCAGAGGCCCUCCCAGAGCCCAGGGCCUGGAGCCAGGUGUCAGAGACCGCCUCCUCCGAGGCCAGUGUGGCUCAGGCAGACUGGCGGCAGCGGCAGAAAGCGGAGCCCUCGGCCCCAGGGUGCAGUGAGACUCACGAGGACAGCUGCUCGGAGGGGAGCACAGCAGACAUGACCAACACUGCUGACCUCCUGGAGCAGAUCCCUGACCUGGGCGAGGAUGUCAAGGACCCAGAGAACUGCUUCACUGAAGGUUGUGUCCGGCGCUGUCCCUGCUGUGCCGUGGACACCACGCAGGGCCCCGGGAAGGUCUGGUGGCGACUGCGCAAGACCUGCUACCGCAUCGUGGAGCACAGCUGGUUCGAGACGUUCAUCAUCUUCAUGAUCCUGCUCAGCAGUGGAGCCCUGGCCUUCGAGGACAUCUACCUGGAGGAGCGGAAGACCAUCAAGGUUCUGCUCGAAUAUGCCGACAAGAUGUUCACCUACGUCUUCGUGCUGGAGAUGCUGCUCAAGUGGGUGGCCUAUGGCUUUAAGAAGUACUUCACCAACGCCUGGUGCUGGCUGGACUUCCUCAUCGUGGAUGUCUCCCUGAUCAGCCUGGUGGCCAACACCCUGGGCUUUGCCGAGAUGGGCCCCAUCAAGUCACUGCGGACCUUGCGUGCACUCCGACCCCUGAGAGCCCUGUCACGAUUUGAGGGCAUGAGGGUUGUGGUCAAUGCCCUGGUGGGUGCCAUCCCAUCCAUCAUGAAUGUCCUCCUCGUCUGCCUCAUCUUCUGGCUCAUCUUCAGCAUCAUGGGCGUGAACCUCUUUGCGGGGAAGUUUGGGCGGUGCAUCAACCAGACUGAGGGAGACCUGCCUUUGAACUACACCAUCGUGAACAACAAGAGUGACUGUGAGUCUUUCAACGUGACUGGCGAGUUGUACUGGACCAAGGUGAAAGUCAACUUUGACAACGUGGGGGCCGGGUACCUGGCCCUUCUGCAGGUGGCAACAUUUAAAGGCUGGAUGGACAUUAUGUAUGCAGCUGUGGACUCCAGGGGGUAUGAAGAGCAGCCCCAGUGGGAAUACAACCUCUACAUGUACAUCUACUUCGUCAUUUUCAUCAUCUUCGGGUCUUUCUUCACCCUGAACCUUUUCAUCGGUGUCAUCAUCGACAACUUCAACCAACAGAAGAAAAAGUUAGGGGGCCAGGACAUCUUCAUGACCGAGGAGCAGAAGAAGUACUACAACGCCAUGAAGAAGCUGGGCUCCAAGAAGCCCCAGAAGCCCAUCCCGAGGCCUCUGAACAAGUACCAGGGCUUCCUGUUCGACAUUGUGACCAAGCAGGCCUUCGACGUCACCAUCAUGUUUCUCAUCUGCUUGAACAUGGUGACCAUGAUGGUGGAGACAGAUGACCAGAGCCCUGAGAAGGUCAACAUCUUGGCCAAGAUCAACCUGCUCUUCGUAGCCAUCUUCACGGGUACUGUGCUCUCAGACAUCAUCCAGAAGUACUUCUUCUCCCCAACGCUCUUCCGAGUCAUCCGCCUGGCCCGAAUCGGCCGCAUCCUCAGGCUGAUCCGAGGGGCCAAGGGGAUCCGCACCCUGCUCUUUGCCCUCAUGAUGUCCCUGCCCGCCCUCUUCAACAUAGGACUGCUGCUCUUCCUUGUCAUGUUCAUCUACUCCAUCUUCGGCAUGGCCAACUUCGCUUACGUCAAAUGGGAGGCUGGCAUUGACGACAUGUUCAACUUCCAGACCUUUGCCAACAGCAUGCUGUGCCUCUUCCAGAUCACCACAUCAGCUGGCUGGGAUGGCCUCCUCAGCCCCAUCCUCAACACAGGACCCCCUUACUGCGACCCCAAUCUGCCCAACAGCAAUGGCUCCCGGGGGAACUGUGGGAGCCCAGCCGUGGGCAUCCUCUUCUUCACCACGUACAUCAUCAUCUCCUUCCUCAUCGUGGUCAACAUGUACAUCGCCAUCAUCCUGGAGAACUUCAGCGUGGCCACAGAGGAGAGCACCGAGCCUCUGAGCGAGGAUGACUUCGACAUGUUCUACGAGAUCUGGGAGAAGUUCGACCCAGAGGCCACCCAGUUCAUCGAGUAUUCGGCCCUGUCUGACUUCGCCGACGCCCUGUCCGAGCCGCUCCGCAUCGCCAAGCCCAACCAGAUAAGUCUCAUCAAUAUGGACCUGCCCAUGGUGAGCGGGGACCGUAUCCACUGCAUGGACAUCCUCUUUGCCUUCACCAAGAGGGUCCUGGGUGAGUCUGGGGAGAUGGACGCCCUGAAGAUCCAGAUGGAAGAGAAAUUCAUGGCGGCCAACCCGUCCAAGAUCUCCUACGAGCCCAUCACCACCACACUCCGGCGCAAGCACGAGGAGGUGUCGGCCACCAUCAUCCAGCGGGCCUUCCGGAGGCACCUGCUGCAGCGCUCCAUGAAGCAUGCCUCCUUCCUCUUCCGCCAGCAGGCGGGCAGCAGCGGCCUCUCUGAUGAGGAUGCCCCCGAGCAGGAGGGCCUCAUCGCCUACAUGAUGAAUGAGAACUUCUCCCGGCGCCUUGGCCCGCCCUCCAGCUCCUCUGUCUCCUCCACGUCCUUCCCGCCCUCCUAUGACAGCGUCACCAGGGCCACCAGCGAUAACCCCCAGGUGCGGGUGUCCGACUACAGCCGCAGCGAGGAUCUCGCCGACUUCCCCCCGUCCCCAGACAGGGACCGCGAGUCCAUCGUGUGAGCGCCAGCCCGGCUGGCCAGGACGCACCGAGGGGCAGCCGGGGGCAGCGUAGCCAGCGUGACCGCGGCCACAAGCCGGCACCUGCGGGCCCUUCCUUGCUUCGGCCUCGGGCUGUGAGAGAUGGGCCUCAGCCCCGCGGGCCGACAAGGCAGAGUUCUGUGGCGCCCACGCUGACGGCCAGAAGCGGGCGGCCGAGCUGACCGUGCGGGGUGGCCUGUCGCUGGAGGCCCCGCACAUGCCGGCGGCCGGGGCCGGUCACACCACCCCCCGGGGCUCUGAAAAGCAACACCGUCCCAGCUGCGGAGGAGAAAUCCAAAACUGAGACUGUAGAUGUUGUGAGUGGGCUUUCAUAAAUUUAUUAUAUUUGAUAUUUUUUUACUUGAGCAAAGAACUAAUCGUUUUUCCAUGGACUCGGCAGCAGUUCGCACUGCCUUUUCUUCACUCCGAACAAGAGUGUCUGUGGAGGUGCCGGAACUCUGGUUCUCAAGGCAAAAGUGCAACCCAGUGCGGCUCCCGCAGGCCUACCGCCCGGGGCCAGGAGGGGUUCCCCUGCUGCUUGGGCUGCGGUGCCAGGAGGGCUCAACCCCUUUCUUCACCCGGCGUGUGCACACCGUCCUCACCCAGAGGCCAGACACGGGCGGCGGGUGACCCAGGCUUCC